AGAAAUUGUUUGAUGACCAGGACAUAACUCAUUCUGGUUUUUCUCCUCUUCAUCAGGAGUUAUAUCGUGCUUUUGUUCCAUUCGUGAAUUGUUGCUGGCUACAAAUGACUUCCAGAGCAUUCAUCUUCUGAUGUCAAUCAAAGUCUUCAAUAGUUGAUAGAGGAAGAGGAACAAUAUGGCAGGACGUGGUAAAAAGGUGAAUGCGGGACAGCCUGUGAGGCGUACCGAACAAGCAAAGAAAGGAUCUGAGCGACAAGCUCCAGUGAGCCGAGGUAAGACGUCUACUGAGGUGAAGGAAAGGACAAAGGAUAUACACACUGAAAAGAAGACCACAGCAGCCACAAAAACAAAAGUAGCAGAGAAAACUUCGUCCACAGCAGUGAAGCGAAAAAAGCAGAGUGCCCCAUUGGCUAAUAACCCAUUUGCAGCUCUUAUGGGGCUAGCAGGGACAGCGAGUGACUCGGACUUGGAGGAAGCAUCGGCCGACGUGGAAGAACGUGACAACUAUGAUGACGACGAAACUAGCCACCACGAUGAGGACAGAACAGAUGAGAAAAGCACUGCCGAGACUGAACAAGACGAUAAUGCAGAUAAAGAAAGCGUAGACAAUUGUGACGAGGAUGAUGAAAGCAAGCAAGGUGACGACAAUUCCGCCGAAGCUGCUUCGUCUAGCAAGACUAAUAGGUCUCCAAGCACAACGUCACGCCUGUUGUCGUUUCCUGGAGGCAUUAUCGGCGAAACGAUUUCAGAGGGCAGUGGUGACAAGCGUGUGCGUGUGGGUGAUGUCGUAGAGGUGAAGUACAAAGUGUACUUGGUGCAGAAGCUACUUGAUACUGCUGAUAGGAGUCAACAAGGAGGUGCAACUUCUAGUGCCACUGGAGGUGCUACAGCUGGCGUAUCAGAUACUAAUGAAACAUCAAGAACUAAGCCAGAAGCAGAACGACGACAGGCUUUUUCGGCAUCAAAUAUCGCUGGCAGCAUCUCGGAAAGAGUCUUCGCACUCUUGCCUGGUCGAUUAGUUCCCGAAGAACCACAAGUAAAUGCCGCUCAGGCAGACGGGACACCAAAAACGGAAAGUUCUUGUGCCUCUAGUGCAUCUACUUUCGCUCCAAGAACAUCAAGCGAAAAUGUUGAUGAGAGUCAACACAAAGUCAAAACUAUUGUAUUGGAGGACACUUCUUUUUCUGCCCAAAUGAGAAAGAAUGAUGAGUUGCGACUCGCUGCCUCAACGGCACCUUCGUUGGACGACUUUUUGAAACUGGUGCAGACCCAUGGCCUUAAGGGUUCUUCCAUAUUGGAGAAGGUUAAGCCUGCUGACAAAGGCGAGGUCGAUUGGGUCUGCGGCACUCACGGCAUGAUUCAGGGCUUCGACCAGGGCGUCCGCGGAAUGCGCAAAAGCGAAAUCCGCAAGUUCUUCGUGCCCAGUAAGCAGGCUUACGGGAAAAAGGGAGCUGCGGGAAAGAUCCCGAAAAACGCGGAUCUAGUUUUCCUGGUGCGAGUAGAAAAAAUCGGCAUAGAUUGGGACGGCGAAAAUAACGUGUUGUCAUCGACUGUGUCAGGAAGAAAGCGGAAAUACACGGCGAAAGAGCGCGACAUACGUAACCGUAGGGCUAAAAAAGCCAAGAAAAGUUAAUAAUUGUUGAGCUUGAACUCAGGAGAGAACACAAGAAACAACAUUGCACUUGCAUUCAUCUGGCACCCUUGACCUCACGAUUGAACUUUAUAAAUAUAUUGUGAAUCUCAAAACUUAUCCCACACGCAACUGGACCUCCUACUGCAAUGCAGUUUCGACUGCGUCGAAUCAACAUUCUUCACAGGCGUAACAAAGCAUCACACGGCUUUCUCCACACAUGCCUGGGUCCUACUUCUCCGGGAAGCAGAUGCAUUUGAGGUCC